UCCUUUAUCAUCAGUAUUGUGGUUUUAAUCUGUUUUGAGAAAUCAGCGGAAACAAAACAAUAAAAUUGGUCCCGCACACAAGUUUUGUAGUAAUUUCUCACAUCUUCUGUACAAAUCUCGGUCCGGAUACAUUUUCACCAUUAAUUUUUCAGCAUGGCCGAACUUUAAUUUUGUUCUGAAUUUGACGAAUGGUUUUGCUGAGGGAAAUUGGAAGAUUUUGCGGUUCGCCAGGUUAAUACGACUGUGCUCUGGAUUUUAUUUCAAUUUGAGCUUUGAUUGAUACACGAUGAAGCCAUUGAAGUCUCCUGAUGGCAAUAUUUUUAAAAUAUUUGACGGAAGAAGCAUAGAUCCUCUGCAGAUGCCAUAUCCAUAUUCAGAUCAGGAUGCUUACUCUAAAUUGCAGAUGCACUCUUCUCUUAUAGAGCAGCUAGAGUUAGAAAAAGAGUUGGAGGGUCACCAGGGAUGUGUCAAUGCGCUAGCAUGGAAUUCAAAAGGUUCUCUUCUAGUAUCUGGGUCAGAUGAUACAAGGGUUAACAUCUGGAGUUAUGCAAGCAAGAAAUUAUUGCACAGUAUUGAAACUGGCCAUUCAACUAAUAUUUUUUGCUGCAAGUUUGUUCCAGAGACUGGGGAUGAGCUUGUGGUCUCGGGUGCUGGAGAUGCUGAGGUACGUGUUUUUCGCCUGUCUCAAUCAAGUACAUCAGGAUCUUCACAACAGACUGCAGUGUUUCGUUGCCAUUCAAGAAGAGUAAAGAAGAUAGCGGUUGAGGAGGGUAAUCCACAUGUUGUUUGGAGCGCCAGUGAAGAUGGGACAUUAAGGCAACAUGAUUUUCGUGAGAGUGUUCUAUGUCCUGCUGGUGGAUCAACCAAUCAAGAAUGUCGUAAUGUUCUUCUGGACCUUCGUUCUGGAGCAAAGAAAUUUUUGGCUGAUCCACCUAGAAAUAUCCUUGCCUUAAAGUCAUGUGAUAUUAGUACAACUCGCCCACAUCAACUUCUAGUUGGUGGCAGUGAUGCUUUUGCUCGUCUUUAUGAUCGGCGCAUGCUACCUCCACUAAGUUCUUCACGAAAACCAUCAAAACCACCACCUUGUGUGUGUUACUUCUGUCCAGCUCACCUUUCUGAUUAUGGUCGUUCAAGCUUGCAUCUUACCCAUGUUACUUUCAGUCCAAAUGGGGAGGAGAUACUUCUUAGUUAUAGUGGCGAGCAUGUAUAUCUAAUGGAUGUAAAUAAUGGUCAAGACAGCACUGCAAAAUACACAGCUAGUGAUCUUCCAAAAAGAAUGAUUCUGUCUCCUGUUUUGAAUGGAACAAAGGCCACAAUACCAUCACAACCAAUUGAUAUUGUCAAUCCUGGUAGUACAAGAGCCUUAAACUGGCUAAAAGAAUGCAGAGAGCUUCUUCAAGAUGCCCAAAGUGCUUUGGAAGAAGAUGGCAAAUGUCUCUAUGUCAUUGAAGCAACUAGUGAGAUCUUGGAUGCAGGCAGGUUGGAGAUCUAUCCUGCUCUUAAGCAUGAUUGUUUAUGCACACGUGCAGCGGCAUUUUUAAAGAGAUCAUGGAGAAAUGAUUCUCACAUGGCUAUAAGGGAUUGCAACGAAGCUCGUAGCAUCAAUCCUGUUUCUGUCCGAGCGCAUAUAAUUAUGGCAGAUGCUCUUUCACAGCUAGGAAAACAUAAGGAUGCUUUAGAUUAUGCCAUGCGAGCCAACUUCUUAGAUCCAACAGACAGCGAGGUAGCUCGGAAAGUACGUUUUCUCAGAGAACAACUGAUUGCAGCUGAAGAUUCCAAAAAUAAUAAAAAGAAUGAUGGGGAAUCUAAAUUGGAAAAGCGGUCUCAUAGGGUGCGGUCAUUGAGUGAGUUGCUUUUUAGAUCAGAGGCCAGUGAUUCAUCCCAUGAAAUCCGAAGAGCUGAAAGAGAUGAUUCAGAUUAUGAUGAUGAUAUGGAUGUAGAAAUGGAAUUUGAAAUGUCUGUCUCCGGUGAUGAAGAAAGAGAUACAGAGCCAGGGAUUCGACCGGGAAGUUUGAAUUUGAGGGUCCGAAGAAGAGGAGAUUCAGGCAGGGAAAGUAGCCAGAGAAAUAGUGAUUCCAGAUCUCCACCAUCUGGAAUGGAAAAUGAAGAUUUCUCAUCUCAGAUGGAGAUUGCAGUUGAUAUGCGGCAGCGCUAUGUUGGACAUUGCAAUGUGGGAACAGACAUCAAGCAAGCUAGUUUUCUUGGUAGAAAAGGAGAUUUUGUUGCUAGUGGAAGUGAUGAUGGGCGAUGGUUCAUUUGGCAUAAGAGAACAGGGAGGUUGAUGAAAGUGCUAACUGGAGAUGAAAAUGUUGUGAACUGUGUGCAAUGUCAUCCUUUUGACUCCACUAUUGCAACAAGUGGCAUCGAUAGUUCAAUCAAAAUAUGGAAUCCAUGUGCUAAUGUCCCGAUAAUAGACUCAGAGACUGAAGAUCUGUUCAGUAUCAUGGCUGAGAAUCAGCAUAAAAUGCGUCAGCAGCGAGACAUUGGCUUGCCUUUUGAAAUUCUUCAGCGCUUUAGCAUGCACGAUGCUGCAGAAGGGACCGUACAUCCGUUUGAGUGCACACCAAGUUAGCAUUAAGCUAUUUAGUGCGUUACAACUUGUUUGAAAUAUUAUACUUGAAUCAUCAAUAAAUGAUCUUUGAGUAAUGUCCGAAAGUUGUAUCUUGUGCCUAUGUAAAAUUUUGCCUGUUAUGUUGUAUUCAAUGCGCCCAUUUAUGGUUUGUCUUGACUAUCAAUAGCAUAGGCAUAUCAUAUCAAAUAAAGACAAAAAUAUUGCACAAUCCUCAUACGAUGGAUAAAUGCGAUCCAUGACUUAGAGUAAGCAGUAAGAAAGCAUAUUUUUUGUCAUUCAGCUCUAUGAAGUCCUCUACAAUCAUUUUACGAUCGCAAAUUGUUUGGCAUCAAUUGUACAGAGAAAAUUAUUUUUUUUAUUGCAUGUAAACAUCAGAUAUCAGGUCAUGUGUAAAUAUGCACAAAGGGUUUUGACAAAAUUGAUUCCUUGAGCCUGAAUUUGUUCUCAGAGAACUAAUCUGUGUUGCAUCUGAAAUUGAAUUCUAGCAAUUUAUUCAAGUGGACAUUGAUUUGUUGAGCUUCAA